CACGCGGGCAGCGCCUGACCGCGGCGCUCGAAUCCUGAGACCCUCUCGGCCCGGGACCGGCCCUGCCCAGGGCCAUGGAGUUCCCGGCGGCUCUCUUCCCUUCGUACUUCGCCACUGGCCCGCCCCAGGAAGAGGGAGGCUCCGCUCCGGCCGCCGGCUGGGGCGAGCACGAGCAGGUGCUGGAGGCUGGCCCCCGCCGCCGCCAGGUGAGGCCGCAACGCACUCCGCCCUCCCCGGGACGAAGGGUUUGGGACGGGCCUGGGGAACCCAUCGUGGGAGCGGUCACCGGUCUGCUUCUUCCUCCAGUCUUCUCUCACUGUAGGCCGGCACUGUGUUUGUGCCUCGCCGUGGCGCGACGGGCGAGAGCUGGAAACCCGCUGACGCCGCUGCCAUUCCUCUCCUGCCUCCUAACACAAGCCGCGAUGAGGGGGAGCACGGGAACUUUAACAGCUGUCCCCAAGGGUACCUGGACAGGAGGGAUUGGGGGAGUGCAAGCGGUUGUUCAGCGGUGCUACAGCAGUGUCAUGAUACUUCUGCAGCACAGGUCAGCCCCUGCCUUCUGCUCAGCAGGUUUCUGGAUCCCUUCACUUGAGCCUCAGGAUAUCCUGUACCGUGGUGCCCUGUACAAGAAGCUCCAGAGAGGCAAGCCUGCAGCCACCCUGGACUUCACAAAGCAGCUCAGCCACUUCUUUGUGGAUCACCCAGAAGAUGCAUUUGGCUCCAUGGGGCAGCUGCUGCACCAGAACUUCUUCCUGGGCAAGUCCAAGCUGAAGAGGCAGGACCUGAACAGCACCAUCCAGAUGACAGCCCUGAUGGAGGACAUUGACUGCCUGGAGGCUAGGCGAGGCUGCCCCCAGCAGCACGUUCUAGCCCGCCUACGCUGGUUCUCCCACAUCUGCCGUGACUGGCUCUUUGAGGUGCCGCUGGGGAUGCUAGCAGACUGUAUUCAUGAGGAGCUACUGCUGCAGUGGGCCAACCUGCUCUUCGAUGACAGCUGCACUGGAGGGGCACUGGCCUGGCUGCCCUCCAAGGACCUAUACACGGGCUGCCUGGUGUACCCUGGAGGGCAGGCCAUGAACCAUCUCUAUUUCCAGGAUGUUGUGCUGAAGGAACUGCCCCGUGCCCAGGCCUCCCCAGCAGAGUUUGAGCUCAAUGGGCGUAUCCGGCAAGUGGCUGCUGCGAGGGUAGAUGGGGACGAUUUUGUUGGUGUCCGCUCAGACUAUCACUGUGGUGUUUGGAGGGUGCCAGGUAGAUUGGGAGCAGCCCCCACCCCAUUGCAGGUCAUCCACACUGAUGUGCCCGCCUCCUGCCUCACUGUCAGCCCUCACCUCCCUGGGGAACUGGCCGUCUGCACCCGGAGUGGAGCCAUCUACCUCUGGAGCGUUGAGAUGGGGCUGCAGCGGCUCCGCCAUGACACCCAGACCAUGUUUUUUCGGGACCAUUCAUCUUGGCGCUGGAGCGACUUCACUGCCCACCCACGAGUGCUCAGCUGUGCCGACCGCACUGGCUUGCAGUGCCUGGAUGCCCGGGCCCCCGAAAGAUGCCACUUUGACUUGUUCAAGGUGGGUCAGGAAGCUGGCUGCCAGCAGGGUGAGCGUGUGGUGCUGCCCAUGUACCUGGGCAGGGCCCACCCCUCUCAGCACCUUGUCACCACUCAGUUCUCUGUGUAUGUGCUGGAUGAGAGGUUGCCAAUGGUACCUGUCUUGAAGUGGGCACACAUGAUGAAGGCCCCGCCUCUCUUUUCCCACCUUACGCCGGGGGGCCCCAGGAGGAGCCAUAAGGUGCUGCUGGGCGCGUCUCGCACCCAGGAGCUGUUACUGCUGCAGUAUCAGGGGGGCAACCAGUCAGCGUGCCAGCUGGCAGGGCCUCCUCAGAAGUUGCAUAGCAUCGCGGGCUGUCUGCAGCACCUGCCCAUCCAGCUCCCACACCAUCACCACCUGCUCCAGCAGCGCCUUGGUGCCCCUGCUGCCGGGCUUGCCGCCACACUGCAGGAGGAUGGGCCACAGGAGUCCCUGUUCGUUUUCCAGCUCUCUGAGGCUGGGGACAUCUUCUACCAGAGGCUAAUUCAUGAGGUCGUGGAGCCCUCUGCUCCUGUCUUGAUGGAUGAGGCUGUGGCAGCCCCUGGCUCUUCCCCUCUCUUUGAGACCCCAGCAGGAAGCCCACUAGGCUUGGGCAGUAAUGAGGAAGAGGAAGAACAAACCUUCUACCUGUCCAACCUAGAGGUCAUUAUCAAUGAGGAGGAAGAUGAGGAGGUGGAGAAUGCAGGCAAAGCAGCAGCCCCAGAGCAAACCAAAUCACCUCAGGAGCCCUCUGCCAGCCCUCAGCCUUUACCAGCAGUGCCCAGCUCAGCUGCAGCCCUGCGCUACCGCCGCUGGCUGAAAGAUUUUUCCAAGGGUCACAGGAAACAUCCCCAGCACACCUGGUCCCCCACCUUCAGCCAGAAGCGCAUCUUCACCCGCAGAGAACUGGAGAUGUCAGCAGGCCUGAGCAGCCUGCACCAGCAGGCACGUCAGCAGCUGCGCCAAGCCAUGCAGGAAGGGGGCUGCAUUCAGUGCUGGGACACCCCACCACCCCAACCCCCUCCUCUGCAGCUCCUGGAGCCUCCGGGAGGUCUAGAUACUUUGAGUGCUCGUCUGACAACAACUUGGUCUGAGGGCUGGUGUCAGUGGUGGGAAGAGAAGUCAAGCUACAACCUGGCGCGGCGGCAGCAGGCACUGCGAGAGCGACGGCGGCGGCAGAAGCGAGCUCGAGGCCGGCGCAGCUUUUCAGCCAGCUUCACCUCCUCCCACACCUACCAGUCCGAUCUGUCAGAGCUGAGCGAUACAGCAGUCCCAUUACCACCACCACUGUCGCCUGCUGUGCUGCCCCCGGAGGCAGCCAGCAGCCCCCCACGACCGGUAGUGCUGGACGAAGCCCUGCUGUCCUCCCAGAGCCUGCAGUCCCGCGGAAUCCCUAAGGAGCGGCGAAAGACGCUACGAGACUUCUUGUCGGUGUGUGCCGAGGAACCCCCGGAACCGCCGGAGCUCCUCGGCAGCCAGGCCAGCCAGGCGUGCAUCCCCUCAUCGCAGAGCCUGAGCCUCAGCCUCAGCCAGGCGUCCGGCACCUCGCAGCCUCGCCGCAAGCGGCCGCGCAUGGGCUUCUAAGGCACAAUAAAACCGCUGCGUCUGC